UAUGCAUAACAUUUGUUUUGUGAUGCAGGGGAAGAAGCUCGGGAGGGAACUUGGUGAGAUGGAAGCGUGGACGCACAUGAAGCUGGUGACGCCCCGUCCGAACGAGCCUCGGCCCGCGCCUGAGAUGUACUACGGCAAGGCCAAAGAGAACAAGGAAAGAUACUGCGAGGAGUACGCCAAGCUCCAUCCAGAGGUGGAGGACCCUAUGACCGAGCCGGUCGACGAGGUGGCGAUGAUGCUGGCGGGGUCCGGCCAGCCGCAUGGACGUCCUGCCUGCCUUGCUGGGGGUUUCAAGCCUCAGAAGAACUUCACGCAGAUCAAGGCUACCCUCCCCUCCGGCAGCUACGCUACCUCCUCGCGGACUACAUGCCGUUCUCGGGUAGAGGUAGAUACUCAGCUCGAGGAGGCCUAUGCAGUAGCUUACGAGGAGUAUCUCGAGAAGAUUAAGGAGCAUGACCUUGUGAAAGAUGCCUAUGUCCAGUGGACGAGCAACCAGAUGGCGAGUUUCACUCGGUUCAUGAUGACUGGAGUGCGAGAGGAACCACUCCCAGAGCCACCUCAUCCGGGGCCGACGCCAGUGUUCCCGUCCAAGGAGGAGUUCUAUAUCAUGUACAAGCGUCAGCGUCAGUUGACCCCGGGAUUGGGAGAAUCCGGGAAAGACGCUCCUGAUGGUACGCCGAUGCACCCCGGUCGCUGUUCUCCUGGUGCUUCUGCCGAAACUCGGCAUGGUUCUGCUUCCGGUGGCUCUCGUCGUGGUUCUACCUCCCCGAGCACCGUCGAAAUACAGCGGCCUCACUUCACCCACUCGGAGCUAGAUCGUCUGGAGCUAGAUCGUCACUCGGGUGGUGCACCACCAUAGUUUCUACAUUGUACUAGCUACAUGACACAUGCUAUAUGUGUAGAAUGAUCUAUGUAGGAUGACUAUAUGUACCGUAUUGCUUGUGUGCUAUAUUUGUACUAAAUUUGGGAUUUGGUGCCAUAUUUGUGCUAUAUCUGUGAUGUGAGCUAUAUGUGUGCAAUUCAUAUAUGAUACUGCUAUUUUAUAUG